UCAAUACUUGCGUGUAGUGCUUACGUGGCUCUGGCUUUGGGCGAUAACCUCAUGGCACUGAAUCACGCAGAUAAACUGCUUCAGCAACCAAAGCUGUCAGGGUCUCUUAAGUUUCUUGGGCAUUUGUAUGCGGCAGAAGCUCUCAUCUCUCUCGACAGAAUAUCUGAUGCCAUCACUCACUUGAACCCCGAGAACGUCACUGAUGUUUCCCUCGGGAUCUCUUCAAAUGAGCAGGAUCAAGGGUCUGACAAAGGAGAGAAUGAGUCAAUGGAAUCCUCUGGCAAGCAGACCCCACAGUGCUACCCCAGCUCGGUCACGUCUGCGCGAACGAUGAUGCUCUUCAACCUUGGGAGCGCUUACUGCCUGAGGAGUGAAUAUGACAAAGCUCGCAAGUGUCUCCAUCAGGCUGCUUCGCUGAUCCACCCCAAAGAGAUCCCUCCGGAGGCCAUUCUGCUGGCUGUCUAUCUUGAACUACAGAACGGUAACACGCAACUGGCGCUGCAGAUCAUCAAGAGAAACCAGCUCCUCCCUUCUGUGAAAACCCUCUCGGACGUGCGGAAGAAGCCCGUUUUCCAGCCGGUCCACUCCAUCCAGCCCAUUCAGGUGCCAGCCUUCACCACUGUGCAAAGGAAGUGAGGUGGUGCCUCCGCCUGCUGCUGCCCUGCCUGGGGGGGGCCGGGGCUUUUGUAUAUGUUUUUUAACGUAGGACACCUGCCUUCCCCAAGUGCUGGAGUGUGCCCACUUCUGUACAUUUUUAAUAAAAUGCAUAAAC